AAUACAAAACUAAAUGGGCCACUUCAGACCUGGAGAUUAUGAUUAUGUCGUCGGCAUAGAUUUUGGCACGACAUACUCCGGUUGUUCUUUUGCUUAUACAGGGGCAGGAAACAAAGAAAUUGAGGAUAUUAUAAGAUGGCCUAAACAAACUCACAAUGUAUACUGUAAAACCCCCACUGUUUUAUUAUACAAAUGUGGUGCUGCUACAACAGAGUGGUGGGGGGAAGAUGCGUAUAAGAAUUUUUGGUAUGCUAAAGGGUAUCUGGAUAAAAAACUCGUUACAAGAUUUAAGUUGUUGUUGAACAACGAUUCCAGUGUUCCUGAACUACCUCCUGGAUUGCAAGUUGAAGGUGUAAUUCGAGAUUAUCUGAAAGGUUUUCAUAAACAUGUUAUGUUACAGCUUGAACACUCUCUUGGUAGCCGUUACAACCCCGAAAAAAUUAGGUAUUGUCUUACGGUGCCUGCUGGUUGGUCUGAUCAAGCAAAAAUUAUUAUGCGGGGAGCUACUAUUAACGCAGGCAUUAUAAAAAGUGAUGAUCAUCCUGAAAGAUUGACUUUAAUAAGUGAGCCAGAAGCUGCAGCUUUGUAUUGCCAAAAAAACUGCGAGGAAUUUAACUUGACAGACGGACAGCAGUUUUUGAUCUGUGAUGCUGGAGGAGGAACAGUUGAUUUGGUCACCUUUGAAAUAUCGGGCGACAAUUCGGAUAGAACUCUUAAAGAAAUCACAACCGCAAGAGGAGAAAAUUGUGGGUCGACAUUUCUUGACUGGCAUAUGCGAAACCUUUUGAAAGAAAAAAUAAGUCAGCAUAUGGUUCUAAGUCCAAUCACUUUGGAAGAAAUGACAAAAUCAUUUGUGGAAAAGCAUAAGCUAAUGUUUGGGGAGAACGAUGAACGUGAUGGUAUUUUUUUGGAAAUACCGAGCGCAAUGUAUGCUGCUGACCCUGCCGUAUUGGAGAAAAUUGGUGUUGAUGAUUAUAAUCUGUUCUUUCCCUAUGAGGAGCUUAUGGAAAGGGUAUUUGAACCAGUAGUCUCGAAAGUAAUUCAUUUAAUACAACAACAAUUAGAUCAUCCAGAAGCUAGAAAACCGAUGGAUGCCAUUUUUAUGGUAGGUGGAUUCAGUAAGUCCCCUUACUUAGAAAGGCGUAUCAGAGAGACGUUUAAAGAUAGAGUCAACAUCAUUAGUGCUGCCCCAAGGGGGGAAUUAGCUGUUGUUAGAGGUGCUGUAUUGCUAGGACUCCAGCCUACUAUUGUAUCGCAACGUAUAGCUAAGCAUACAUAUGGUAUAGAAACUCGUAGUCGUUUUGAUUGUAACGAAGAUCCAGAAGAGUAUAGGAUAACUGGAACUGAUUUCUGUGACAAGCGGUUUAAUCUUAUCGUAAAAAAAAAUCAAAAAUUACCAAACAAUCAUGUUGUUAGUCAUAACUAUACGACUAGUUCAACGAAUAAAACUGUGAUCGCUAUAUAUGCAUGUGACGAUGAUAACGUUGUCCCAAGAUGGGUCCGAUCUACAGAUGGUGUUGCAUUAAAACAAGUCGGCAAGUUUAUUUUAUCUGCUCCUGCAAGCAUGACUGGGGACGAGAUACCAUUGAAAGUCGAUUUUUAUUUUGGUAAAACUGAAAUAAAGAUUGAUGCUCAUGUAUUGGAAACAACGACCACUUUUACUUUGGCUUAUGCAAACUCAUAG